UUUCUCGACUGCCUUUUCCACUGCCUGCCUUUUCUCGAACACACCACUCUGUGGUCUCCAAUUUCUCAGGUUAGAAGACCGCAUGCCGAAACGCUGGCUCUACAGUGUGUUAUAGAAGCAGAGAGUGCUCAGACACGGUCUGUUGACAGCGAAAGCCGCAACAGAGGUUGGGCAACACACACGACAAAUGAAGUUGUCUUUUUCAGCUGAGACGGAUUCCUCGAAUCACCGCGACUUCUCUCCAAGUCCGUCUUUGUCUCGUGACGUGUCUCGUGGUGUGACUUUUCCAUCUUGGUGUGUUUGUCUGUUGGACUGAAAACCCAGCGUGAAUUCUGCGCGCGAAUCCUGGGGCACACUCCGUUCUUCUGACUGCCAGACGCAGAGAGGGUCAACAUCAAAUCGCUGCUUCUCCUACGCAGCAGGACUCUUUGCUGUUGGCCCUCUCUGCGUCUCUGCCUCUCCAUCCGGUGACACGGAAGCUGCUCUUGGAUGAACGCGGCUUUCUUCCGAUGUGGACAGAGUCGCCGUCAUUUGCAUCUCGAUCACUGAGGCGUUCUCUGGAAUCCCUUGCUUUCCUCUGUUGUAAUCGCUGAGUUCACGGAAGCGUCUCUCCGCUUUCUGUGAGGCCUGGGCAACGUCGCUGCGUCUUCCUGCCUUGCUGGUGAAUCUCCUCGUCACCUCUGUUUCUUUUCUUCUGCAAACAUGGCGGUCGACACGCAGGACAGCGAAGAGGAACGCGCCUCCUCACCCGACUCCUGUCGCGCGUCUCCAGACUCUCCUUCAGAAACUUGUUCCCCGCUUCCUUCUCCCUCUCCCUUCUCUCCAGUCGGCCCACUGUGCGGCGACUCCUGCGGCGUUUGCGAGACGAUACGCCCGCGUCCGAACCCGUCUUUGGAGACAAAGAGGAGGCGGCAAGACACCGCAGGCGAGGAGAACUGUUGUGGUGCACUGGACGCGUCUCUCGCGGCAGAGCACCCCAGGCUGCUUGACGCAGAGACAGUUAACGCUGUUCUGUCUCCGGACCAAACCAGAGACGCAGCGCCGGCUGUCUCUCUCCUAAAGCAUUUGAAGAAAGCCGCGGAAGGAACGCCAGCCGCAGACAGUUCCUCUGUAGAGCGAGAUCCGAGUGUGCAAGCCGCGGCGGGGGAAAGGCUCCGCGAACAGGCCGGCGGACCUUCGAGGGGAGACGCAGACGCGUUUUUUUCAGAGUUCCGCGGCGCGAACGGAAGUGAAGAAGCAAAUGGAACGAAGUUCAACUGUGCAAAGUCCACCGAGUCCGGUGGGGGAACCCAGCAAGAAACACACGCAGCGACGCGCAGUCGCGCCGAUUCAAAUGCGGUUCGUCACCACUACGGGGAGGAGGAGGAGGCAGAGCCAGGUGGAAAGCAAAUACUUGUGGGAGAAGACAAGCGAGAGGGACGCAGAAGCGUUUCCAGGAGAGAUGAAGAGACAGACAAAGGAACUGGUUUGGUCCAGGACAGCGAGACACAAGCCGGUGAAACUGCACUCACUGCGGCCCUGACAGCAGAAGAGUCCAGGAACUCACUUUCUCAACUGCAGAAUGAGCCUUUCUCUUCCGUUUCUGCGCUGGAUAUCGCCGCAGACGAAGACGCAGAAGAGGAGGAAGAAGAGCUGGAGGAAGUCUUGGUGGUUAAUGUCAAGUGGGGAGGGAAGCUUUACGAUGUUUCUCUCUCGCUCUCUGACUUUGAAUUCUUCUCUCUCAGCGACUUCAAAGAAAGACUGCAGCAGCAACUCUCUGUACCUGCCGACAAACAGAAGUUGUUGGGCUUCACGAAUGCACAAGGCGCCGCGGCGAAGGACACAGAUCUCCUGAGAUCUUUGCGGUUCAAGAAAGAGCGACAAAUGAUGCUGAUAGGAAGCACUGACGCUCAACUCCUCGCUGCUGCACAGGCACACGCCGCGGCGCUCGCUCAGAGUGACAGUUCUUCUGAUGACUUCCUCGCCGCGCCGAGCUGCGCCGGGGCUUCCGAAGACAGCGUCCGAACUCCCCUGCACCUCGAGCGCCUUGAGAAAGCUGUGGAUCGCACGCGAGUCCAGCUGCUGCAUGCGCCAAGAAAAGGGAAGAAGCUCCUCGUCCUUGACCUCGACUACACCCUCUUCGACUGCAAGUCUUUGGCAGGCAGCGUGGAGGACUUGAAGCGACCUUUCCUGGAUCGUUUCAUGGAGGACGCCUACGAGGACUACGACCUCGCUGUGUGGAGUCAAACUCACUGGAAAUGGGUCGAAAUGAAGUGCACGGAGCUGGGAUUCUUGACUUCGUCAAAAUUCCAUCUCUGCUUCGUCCUCGAUCGGUCAUCAAUGUUCACGGUCUGCUCUCGAAAAAAGAAGAAGGGGAAAGGCUCGUCUCAGGACGCAGGCGUCGAGUCGCGGACCCACGAGGUCAAAGCGCUUGAAUUGAUUUGGCGCAAAUUCCCCGAAUUCUGGAAUGCGAGCAACACAGUCCACGUCGAUGAUUUGUCGCGGAAUUUCUUCUUCAAUCCUCAGAAUGGAAUCAAGGUCUCUGCGUACAGAAGAGAGAAGCGAAGUCAGGACAGAGAGCUUUUGCUUUUGAGCGUUUACCUGAAACUCUUGGCACAGGAGGCAGACGUCAGAAACAUUUCACACAAACACUGGAAAGUCAGAGCAGCCGAAGAGGCUCAACGGCACGCUUGCCUCUGAGGAAGUUGUUUCGCGCUGCGCUCGACAGAGACAAAACAGAGCUGGAGAACUUCACAUUCGUCACUCUACCCGAGGCAGUCAAGGCGAAUUUGGGUUCUUCUUGGCUCUAAAGCCUAGACCAUCGAGCAUGCACAGAGGCAACGGUACUUCCCAUCUUUCCUCGCGGCGACUGAACGGCUGCGUCUUUUCCCGAUACAGCCGAAUUUUUCCUGCCGCGUUGUCUCGGCUCGACGGGGGAAGACAGACAGAGGCGACUCUGUCGUUUGCGUUAGGAAAAAACAUGUUCUCAAGCGCAGGUCCUGAUUGGAGGAGACCUGCAUACAGCGCGAGUGUCGACUGGAAACGAAGUUCAGUCCUGACACUGAGGGCGCAACGCGGCACAGAAGGAAGAAGGCCUGGCGCUGUCCAUUCAUGCCAAAGCGAGAGGACAUGCGAGCGGACCGGUCUUCACGAGAUAAGAAGCAGAACUUUCCACAUUCCGAAACGAUGAGGAGCGUCGUCGCCUCACGGACAAGAGGCGCCUCGAGCAAAGGAGCCAGGCGUCUCGGAAAACCAACAUCAUAAAGAAAGUGAAACUUCGAGGAGAAACCUCUUCGCGAAACGCGAGCCGAAGGAUCUAGUGGUGGAGUCCACACUUCCCCUUUGUUCCUCUACUGGCGUCCCAGGCAGGCGAUUCACCCGCCAAGGCGCCGGAGCGGUUCUGUGGCAGACAACUCAGUUGUUUUCUCCAGACACAGCAAACAGAAGUCACUUCCUUGUCCGCGCGUUUCCAGGCGCACUUGCGCGGGUGACGAAAGGCGAACACAAGGCGCGUUUCUGUCAACGCGCGUUCCACAAAAAAGUUGGGCUGGCUGCGUCGCCUUCCACGCAGACACUCUGCAGGAUGCUGGUCGCCUCUGUGUGAUUGUCACUUCAUCUCGACGUCUUUUCCUGCGUUCGUCGUUCCGAGACACUGGAAUUGGCGCAGUCAGGCGUCCACGGUCGGCGCAGAAAAUCUCCGGCUCAGUUUGUGAUGAAUCACACAGGGUGGACUUGUACAUAUUUUUCACCAGCAGAGACACGGAACUUGGCCAGCGUCACUGGGUUUAGGGAAAGCAAAACGUCACGGG